UAAAUCCAGCAGAAGCCCCAAAGAAGAGGGUUUAACAGGGGGACCGUGGUCGGUGGUCGCUGCCUCCUCUUUCGGUGCGGCAAUGGAAGACGCUGUGAGGUUGCGGGUGGAGUUCGACGACCAUCGCGUCCUCACCAAGACGCAGAGAUUGGAGGGCCUCUGCCGGUGCUGGCUCCUCCUCCCCCCCGAGCUCUCCACCGUCUCCGACGUCGCCACCCACCUCGUCCGCGCCUUCGCCCUCCACCUCUCCUGCCCCCAUGGCGUCCUUCUCUCCAUGGAUGAAUUUGUUCUACCGCCGUUUGAAUCAAGUAGCAUUUUCAGGGACAAGGAUAUUGUCAGGGUGAAAAAGAAAGUUGCUAAAACGAAGCAGCUUCUUGAGAUAUGUGGUGAUGCUUAUCACAUUCAAGAUUCCAAGAUAGUGGAGAAGCAACCUAUAACAUCUGGCAAUGAACUUCUCAACAUUAAAGAUUUUCACGAAGAUUUAGAGUUGUGCAAAAGCAAAAAGGGAGAGGAUGCAUGUGAAGUUGAAGGGAACACAACAAAGAGACAAAUUCUCUCAAGUGAAGAAACAAUUUUGAAAAGGAAAAGGAAGCAGUCAGAUAAGCCUCAAAACUCAAAGAAAAAAAUAAAACUUACCAGCCCCACCUCCGAAGAGACUAUUGUAACUGCUGACCAAGAGGAAAACGUUCAUUCUGAUCUGCAGAAAAGUCCAACACUAGAUAAGACACAUAUACUAUCCAACAGAAAUGAAAAACACGAGAAAUUGGUUUCCUCACAAAAUGCUGUUCAGAAGAGAAAUUGCCAUGUCACGACAAAAGAGAGGCAUGAUCAGGUUGAAAACUGUCAUAGAAUUCCAUCUCAACAACAGCUUACUGAUAGCAUGAAUAAGUCUCCCAGCAGAAGUGCUCGUCGAAAAAAGGCGAAACGACAAUGGUUGCGGGAAAUGGCUAAUCAGCAACUAAGUGAGAAUAAACAGGGUGAAAAGCAGGCAAAUGAUGUGCAGGGUACAUUAUCUAAAUAUAAAAUAGUAGAUCAGACUAUUGAAAUAGAGGAAGAAAUUGUUCCUGUCAUUGUUCGACCUGGUCAUAUCCGAUUUGAGCCUAUAGAUGGAGACGGAGAACAUGACAACACACAGUCAAAUGGACCAGUGGAAACUCUGCAAUGGAAUGGAACAACCAGCAAGAAAAAGGGUCAGAAAUGGGGUAGGGAGAAGACUUUAAGCAAGAAGAGUGACGAUGAUUAUUGUAAUGGAGCCUUUAACGAAAAUAUGAUCACUGAAGAGGGGGAACAUGUAGAUGACCAUAUAAACUUUGAAAGCCUUUUUCCUUUAACUCGUCUACCAGAGGAAGGUGAUAUCCUUGUAUAUCGAUUGGUUGAGUUAUCCUCAUCAUGGUGUCCUGAGCUCUCUUCCUUCCGAGUAGGAAAAGUUUCAUCGUAUGAUUCCAUAUCUAUGAAAAUUGUCUUACUACCUAUUCCGGAGUACCCAAUAUCUUCCCAGGAGAAAAAAGAUGCAGAAGAAUCUGCACAGGAACCAGACUCCACAUUAUACAAGGAAGAUGGCUCUUUGGAGAUUGAGUAUACCUCACUUGUUGAUGUUCGCCUGCUCAAGGGACAUGACUCAGAUAACCUUCAUAAUGAGAAGUCAAAGGAAAAAGCACAAUCAAACAACUGGGACCUAGCAUUGGUUGAUGCUAAUCCUAGACACUCAGCUGCACCUCUUGUAGAAUCGAGACCAACCAUGGGGUGGGACCAAAUUGAUCAGGCUUUGAGUGAGAGGAAGGCACAACUUCAGCAGACUGAUACCUGGGCUAUCAAGGGCUCCACCACUGCUUCAUGGUCAUACAGGGCAUUGAGAGGCAGUGCACUGGGACCUACUCUGGCAUUAUUAAGAGGGACAAAUGGCAGCAGCAAUGCUAAUUCUCCUGGCAAACAUGCCUCUGGCAAGUAUCCUAGUUCCAAGUGAAUCCCUUGUGUGAUGAUUUUGCCUGGUGUUGCCACUUCUACAAUGAGAGUGCACACCCUCCCAUGUGUAGUUACCAAUAUGUGGCUCAUGUCAACUAAAAACUUUGUUUUAGCGGUGAUUCUCAGGCUUUGACCUUGCAAUUCGUCCUCUACAUUGUAUCAUCUUUUAUGGUGGCGGAAGAUGAGCCAGUUUCAAGCCACACGAUGAAGACUGAAAUGGUGGUAAUCAAGUUUUGGACUUACUGGGAUUAA